CUUCCUCUUCUUCCACUUCCACUCGAGCGAGCGAAGCAAAGCAGCACGCCGAGCGAUACACUGUCCGACAUUGCUUGUGCUUUUUGCUGCAAAGCUAGCGCUGAGGACAAGUAUUAUUAUUAUUACCGAGGCGAGCUGUGGGAGGGGGGGGGGGGGGAAGCAACAACAACCAAAAAACUGGCGCAACUAUGCACCACGCGCUCUUUCGCGACUCCUAUUUAUGACUAUUAUCAAAAAUUGGUUUUUCUUCGCGCCCCUGCGGAUGCAAAACACCUGACAACCACUCAUCGAAUGUCGUCUUUAAGGUGACUCCAUGAGCCAGCGAUGGAGACCAAAAGAUACCAAAGUCUCUUUGAGGGGAGCGAUACAGAGAACAGGUGGUCUCAGAUCUCCGGUGCCAUGGAGUUCUGCUGUGCCGCUGAGAACUCCAGCCAGAGUGGCGCUGAUGUCCUGAUGGACAUCGCCGAUGCCGAUGUCGCCGACCCUAAAGAGGGCGGCGGUAAGAGGCCGGAGCAGCCGCUGCUUCGUUCCCGGUCGAACCAGCACUUUGGCUUACCGCAUAUCAGCAACACCUCCCUCCACGGUCCCAAGAUGGAAAUGGACUCCAAGGAGCUUUCCAAAACCGUGGCUGAGUCCAUGGGGCUUUACAUGAAUGCUGCCAGGGAGGCGGACUUUACCUUUGGUCAGCACAGGGGCACAGCCAGCCCCGGAAAGAUGCAGUACCCGGUAUGUAGGCGGCCUCUUGAGGAAAGCCAGCGCGGCUCGGCCAAGAGCCCCAAGCCGAAAGGGUUUGCGUUCCAGCAGCCCGGCGGCGCCCCCGGAGACGGCACCGUCGGCACCCCGGCGAGCUCCGCUUCCAUGCUGGCUUCGUCGCUGUCCGGCAGCCCCCAAACUUCCAGCCCGGGGGGCGGUAACAACACAGUGUCGUCCACCACCACCAGCCCCCCGGCGGGUUUCGGCCCAGCGUGCUCACCAGUAAGCCACCCCGCCCCGGUCGGCGUCAGGUAUAAGAAUUCAUUGGCGUGCAGUCCCGUGGAGUCCAGCACCGUGGGCUCGCCGCCCCUCAUCAGGUCCCCCAUGUCCAGCCCGCGGCGUAUGACUAGUGUGAGGUCCCCACCGUCCUGCAGCGUCAGGUCGUCCGUCUCCAGCCCCAACGCGGUGCGGCCCCCCGCCUCCAGUCCGGCCAUGGCAAUCGGGAGCCCGCAGAACCCUUCCUCGGGAGGCUUCCUGGCAUGCAGUCCGGCCGGCGAACUGAGUUUGGUGCAGGGCGACACCCGCAGCCCCGAAGCGACGGGUCUGAUCAGCGAGCCCGACUUCAAAACCUUUGAGUUCCCCAAGGCGGAGAUGGUGGACGGGGAGGUGUUCAACGUGGGUUUGGACCAGAUGGGCAUGGUGAAGUACAUCAAGAACGAGCCAGGGACUGAUUUUAGGAGCAUGUGCUUGGGGGGGUCCAAAUGCGACACCUCCAACGUGCCGUUUAUCGCGCAAAUCAAGAAUGAACCUGACAAAAAUGACGAGUGCAUGAACCCGCAGUCCUACGGCAACCACUCUCCACCGCUCGGCCUCUUCCCCGCGUCCGAGACCACCUACUUGUCCCUAAGGAAUAACAUAGACGAAUACAGCCUCGCCGGAAUCUUAGGACCCCCGGUGUCUCUCAACGGGAACUACGACCCCGAUGUGUUCACCAACAACGUCCUGUCCAAAGGGGUUAAGCAAGAGUCCAGCGACGGCGGCUACUACCAGGAGAGCAACGGCCUGCCCACGUCGGCCAUUGUUGGAGUUAAUUCCAGCGGACACUCAUUCCACUACCAGAUCGGCGCGCAGGGAACAAUGUCCUUCACGCGGCACGAUGCCCGGGACCAGUCCAACCCUUUGUUGAAUCUAAUUUCGCCUGUGGCGGCGUUAAUGGAGUCGUGGAAGUCACGGCCGGGCAUGCCGCAGGGGUCGCUGUCGGCCCGGGGCGACGGAUAUCCAGGUCAGAACUGCAUCGGUGACGGCAUGAUGAGCUCCCCGCUCAGGCAACCUUCGUCGACGGCCAAGGUGUGCCUAGUGUGCGGGGACGAAGCGUCGGGCUGCCACUACGGCGUGGUGACGUGUGGCAGCUGCAAGGUCUUCUUCAAAAGAGCCGUGGAAGGUCAGCACAACUACCUUUGCGCGGGGAGAAAUGACUGCAUCAUUGACAAGAUCCGAAGGAAAAACUGCCCGGCGUGCCGCGUACGCAAGUGCCUCCAGGCCGGGAUGAACCUCGGAGCCCGUAAAUCCAAGAAGUUGGGCAAGUUAAAGGGCGUCGGCGAUGACCCGCAGGCAGGCAAGGAAAGCCAGGCUGAGGAGGAGCUGAACGCCAGCGCCACCAACACCGCCCUGGUGUCCCGCAGGCCCAGCGUGGUCACACCUUUCCUGCCGCCGUCCAUCUGCAACGUGUUGGAGUUCAUCGAGCCCGAAGAGGUGUACUCGGGCUUCGACAACACGCUGCCCGACACCACCGACCACCUGCUGUCCAGCCUCAACUGCCUGGCCGGCAAGCAGAUGGUGCGCCUGGUCAAGUGGGCCAAAGUACUUCCAGGUUUUCGGGGCCUGCCCAUCGAGGACCAAAUUACAUUGAUCCAGUACUCGUGGAUGUGCCUGUCCUCCUUUUGCCUCAGCUGGCGCUCCUACAAACACACCAACGGACAGUUGCUCUACUUCGCCCCUGACCUCAUCUUCAACGAGGACCGCAUGCAGCAGUCGGCCAUGUACGAACUGUGCCUGGGCAUGAGACAGGUGAGCCAGGAGUUUGUUCGGCUGCAGCUCACCUACGAAGAGUUCCUCUCCAUGAAGGUCCUGCUGCUUCUCAGCACAAUUCCCAAAGAGGGUCUGAAGAACCAGGCGGUAUUCGAGGAGAUGCGAGUUAAUUACAUCACGGAGCUCCGGCGCGCCGUGGGGAAGGCCACCAACAACUCCGGCCAGACCUGGCAACGCUUCUUCCAGCUCACCAAGCUACUGGACGCCAUGCAUGAUCUGGUGGCCAACCUGCUGUACUUUUGCUUCUACACCUUCCGCGAGUCGCAGGCCCUGAAGGUGGAGUUCCCCGACAUGCUGGUGGAGAUCAUCAGCGACCAGAUACCAAAGGUGGAGUCGGGCCUCACCCACACCAUUUACUUCCACAAGAAGUGACGAGGGCAAACAAACAAAAAACAUUCAAAAACGCGGCCGAGAACUCGGAGCAACGGCAAAGGGGGAAGCGUCGCGAGCGAGCGAGUACCCGUAGCAUGCCGCCGGAACACGGUGGAGGAAAAAACAGGACCGGACUUUUCGGGUCGGAGUCGGGAAUAUAUCCCUCUGCCACCCCCCCCCCCCCCCCCCCUCCCGCCCCCUGUGCACCCCAAAGAUGCUUACUAUCUUUUCAACGGAGAUAAAGCCAUACAUUUCCUAGGCCGUGCUAGUGCUACAUUCACACUAACACACCACACUACACAGAUGCACUAAAAAUCCCGAAAAAGAAAAAAUGUAUCACUCAAAUUAACUGUGGCUUAUGCAGCUCUCACAAACAUAAAUCAAUAUAUACAGUAUAUCCAAAUAGUUAGCCAUUGCUUUGCAGCAUAUGUAAAGCAGGACAACAGGGCAGACAAAAACAACAACACGCUCAACUAUAAGGCCAAAGGUCUCGUUGAAUAUAAUCCAAGGGCUACAUAUGUAAAAUAUGUAAAUGCAUCACCAUGAGCUCAGUUUGAAAUUCAAUUGGUGUCAAACAAACAGGAAAAAAAAAAAAAAGACAUCUUUAACGUAUACAGUCAAGUCCAAAAUGAUUCAUACCCAAGUGAAUUUUAAUGGGGGAUACAAUACAAGAAAGUGGGAAAAUACUUUGAAGUUGUACUGGAAACGUGAAAUAAAUAUUUGACCUUUUUUUUUUUUUUUACGAGCGUCUAGAUAUAUUCAUAUACAACUAUGUAAUAUGAGAAUAAAGUUGUUUUACAAGAAACAAGAGAAAAAACAUUUUAGGAAAGAAAUACGAUUAUUGACAAGAUUUUUGUUUUAUUUUAUGAGGAAAAAAUAAAUGUGUGACUGUGGAGUGAAUGAAUAAUGUGUGCAACGGUAAAGCAUCUUUGAGUGCCUAGAAAAGCGCUAUAUAAGUUUUCAUGCAUUAUUAUGAUGUAAUUUUAUUUGUAUUUAAGUAGUAAUAUAAUAACGCUGUAUAUUAGAAAUUCUGUAACUUUAAAUUCCAUCCAUCCAUUUUCUUUACCGCUUCCCCUCACUAGGGUCGCGGGCUGCUGGAGCCUAUCCCAGCUAUCUUCGGGCGGGAGGCGGGGUACACCCUGAACCGGCCGCCAGCCAAUCGCAGGGCACAGAGAAAUAAACAACCACUUGCGCUCACAUUCACACCUACGGGCAAUUUAGAGUCUUCAAUCAACCUACCACGCAUGUUUUUGGAAUGUGGGAGGAAACCGGAGUGCCCGGAGAAAACCCACCCAGGCACGGCCGCGAUUUGAACCCCCGGUCACCAGAACUGUGAGGCAGAUGCGCUAACCAGACUUCCACCGUGCCGGCACUUUAAAUUCUAAAUUUAUAAUGAUAAUAAAAAUUAUAAUUUAAAGUAAAUCCAUGAGGGGAAAAAAUUAUAAUUUUAAGAGGGGAAAAAAAUAUAACGGCAAAAAAAUCUUAAUUUUACACAAAUAAAAAAAUAUAUAUUAGAUUUUAAUUUUGGGAGAGAAAAAAAAAACAAUCAGAAUUUUACAAAAACAUAAUUAGAACAUUCAUAAUAAUAUAAUAAUAUGAGCAUAAAGUUGUUUUACGAGAAACUAUUUGAAAAGAAAGUUGUAAUGCUGUGGGGAUACAUUGAAAACCUUUAAUUUCUUGCAACAUGCUCUCGAUCUCAAAUUGAAAUAUGGGAAUAAAGUCAUAAUUUGAUCAUAUAAAUAAUUUUUCAGAAACUAAUUUUAAUUUGCGAGGAUAAAGUUGGAACAUGAUGAGUCACGUUGUUGUUUUUAUGGAUUGAAAAAGAACUGUCAUCCAAAUAAAACUACUUGCCUUUUGAAAACAUGACUGACACACACAUGCCGUGUUUUGAUUCCUAGUUGUGUUUUAAAUGUAUUUCUGAAAUUAAUAACCAGUUUUUGUCACUUUCUUGUCCCACUUCCACCUCAAAUAAUUCACCUCUGAUUCCAAAUACUCUCCUCGGGUAUGAAAUAUUUUGUGCUCAACUGUACAUUUUUGCAGUUCAGAUGUGCAGUGAAACAAUCCAAACUAAUAUGCAAAAGGGUAAAAGAGUCACUAGCGAGGGUGUACAAUAAUCAAGACAAUAUUGUUGAGUGAUUCAAUUUGCAAAAAGCAACAACGAAAUGCCGUUAAUGGAUUGGACGGAUGGGCGGUCAUUUGUGUUCUCUCCAGAGCAUCUGUCCAAUUCACGUCUUUUUACUCACAAUCAAACCAAGCAAAGCCAGCCCUUUGUGACCCCACUCUUCCCCCAAAUAAUACUAUUAAUAAAGCAUUUUUAUAAGA